CCUAAAGCUGAGAGAGAGAGAGAGAAAAUAUAUAUGGAGACGUGAACACUUUCUCUCGGAACCCCCCUUAUUCCCCUCCCUACGACCCCCUGAAACCGGAUUAAACCGAUUUAUUUUUUUUUUCUGUUAAACGUGACCGUUAUUCGGGGCUAAACCGAGCCGCGAUGUGGAUUCAGGUCCGCACUAUAGACGGGACGGAGACCCGCACGGUGGAGGAUCUGUCCCGGCUCACCAAGAUCGAGUCCUUGCGUCUCAAAAUACAAGAGAUCUUCAAUGUGGACCCUGAGAAACAGCGCUUAUUCUACAGGGGCAAACAGAUGGAGGAUGGACAGACGCUCUUCGAUUAUAAUGUUGGCCUUAACGACAUCGUUCAGCUUCUUAUUCGUUCUCACACCGAUCAAGCGGACAGUCCAAGCCCCACUCCCAACAAUGGAGAGGUCAUGGCUGGUAACGAAACCCCUCCCAGUAGCAGCUCUACCACGCCCACAGCCACCACAUUAACCACAGAAACCUCGGCUUCCCCGGCAACAGUCAGCAGCAACAGUGUGUCAGCAUUAGAAAGUCAGCCUUCAACAUCCUCAUCUGCUGAUCUCAUCGAACCAGGGAUUGGAGUUUAUAAGAUUAAUGAGCUGGUGGACUGCAGGGAUGUCAGCAUUGGAGCCUGGUUCGAGGCCACUAUCGAGAGAGUUACUCUGUCCAACAAAGGGAGCAAAAGCAAAGCUGAGACAGCAGCAUCCUCUACAGGCAGAGCAGGGAGAAACGGCAAACGCAUUAACGGGAAGGUGGAGACGGAGGCAGACACGAACGGCACCAUGCCACUAAACUCGAACAGCGAGGAGCCUUCAACGUCUCAGACCGAAGCAGAAGAUCCUGGCAGAGACCAUAUCAGCUACCACAUUAAAUACGAGGAUUACCCAGAAAAUGGUGUGGUGGAGAUGAAUCCAGAGGAUGUGCGUCCUCGAGCUCGGACGGUGCUACGGUUCGAACAGCUAGAGGUGGGACAGGUGGUGAUGGUCAACUAUAACCUGGAGCUUCCAGAGGAGAGGGGAUUCUGGUACGAUGCUGAAAUCACUACGCUCAAUCACAUCUCCAGAACCAAGAAGGAGGUCCGCGUUAAAAUCCUGCUUGGAGGUCCAAGUGAUGUGAUUGGUGACUGUAAGUUGGUGUUUCUGGAUGAAAUCUACCAAGUUGAGAAACCUGGAGCUCCUCCUCUUUCUGCCACUGAUGGCCAGUUUAAACGUAAGAGUGGGCCAGAGUGUAAGCACUGUAAAGCUGACCCGGAUGCCGAGUGUCGGUUCUGUUCGUGUUGUGUGUGUGGGGGGAAACAGGACGCACACAUGCAGCUGCUGUGUGAUGAGUGUAACAUGGCCUUCCAUUUGUACUGCCUCAACCCCCCACUGUCCACCAUUCCAGAAGACGAAGACUGGUACUGCCCCACUUGUAAGAAUGACACCACUGAAGUGGUUAAAGCAGGUGAAAGGCUGAAAGAAAGUAAGAAGAGGGCCAAGAUGCCUUCAGCAACCAAUGGGAGCCAGCGAGACUGGGGAAAGGGAAUGGCGUGUGUGGGUCGUACUAAAGAAUGCACCAUUGUUCCAUCCAAUCACUACGGUCCAGUUCCUGGAAUUCCUGUGGGAACCACCUGGAAGUUUCGUGUGCAGGUGAGUGAGGCGGGGGUGCACAGGCCACACGUGGGUGGGAUUCAUGGACGCAGUAAUGACGGCUCCUAUUCGCUGGUGCUGGCCGGAGGAUUUGAAGACGAAGUGGAUCGGGGAGAUGAGUUCACAUACACAGGCAGUGGAGGUCGCGACCUUUCAGGAAACAAGCGGAUCGGAGAACACUCGUUUGACCAGACUCUAACACACAUGAACAGGGCACUUGCUCUGAACUGUGAUGCCCCUCUAAAUGAUAAAGAUGGGGCGGAGUCUCGUAAUUGGAGGGCGGGGAAACCAGUGAGAGUGAUCCGUAGCUCAAAAGGCAGACGAAUCAGCAAGUAUGCACCAGAAGAAGGAAACCGCUAUGACGGAAUCUAUAAGGUAGUCAAAUACUGGCCUGAAAUUGGAAAGUGUGGCUUUUUGGUGUGGCGUUACCUGCUGAGACGUGAUGAUGUGGAACCUGCACCGUGGACACCUGAGGGACUUGAGCGCAGCAAAAAACUUGGACUGAAAGUGCAGUACCCUCCUGGUUAUUUGGAGGCAAUGGCCAAUAAGAGCAGGAAGGAGGCAAGUGUGAGAGGGGGAAGGGGCGGAGCGCCACGUGGUAAACGACAUGGAGGAAGAGGAAGACCAAGAUGCGGACGGCCACCAAAGAGGGUAAAGGAAGAAGAAGAAGAAGAAGAGGAAGAGAGAGGAGGGGACGAACCUGCAGAGCAUGAGGAUGAAGAGACACAGAAGAAUGGAGAAGAGGACUCUCAGAAAGACACAAUGUGUAAGGAGCAGCAGGAGCCCAAAGCGAAGCGGCUAAAGGAAGUAGAGGCAUUUGUGUUAUCAGAGCAGCAGCGUUCACUUAUACAGGAGGAUCAUGGGAACAAGAAAGUGUGGGAUGAAGCUCUGGGCUUCCUUACUGAGGGACCGAACUUCCUGCGUAAGGUAGAGCAGAUCUUCAUGUGUGUGUGCUGCCAGGAGCUCGCUUACCAGCCUGUCACCACACCCUGCCAACACAACGUCUGCAAGACCUGCUUACACCGAUCGUUCAGGGCUGAAGUGUUCAGCUGCCCAGCAUGUCGCUACGAUUUGGGGAAAGAUUACAUCAUGGUGCUGAAUAAAAACCUGCAGCAGCUCCUGGACCAGUUUUUUCCUGGAUACAGCAAGGGACGAUGAGACGUCACUGGAGACACGGACAGAAAUAAUCUCCAUCCAGCUCAAUGGCACUUACACACAUAUACAUACACACACACACACACACACACAAUUGGUGCAUUAAAUCCUACACCCAACACAAUAACAUGCAAAGCGCACACACAAAAUCAGUGCACUAACUUCUAGACCCAACACAAUAUCAUACAAAGCGCGCACACACACACACACACACACACACACACGUUUCAUGUAGAUGUUUCUUUCAUUAACACCAGCUAGAUACUUGUAUCCCAAGGACACCCAGGUCAUCACCAUGACCACGACCUCUGCUGGUUGUGCGUGAGUUAUUCCUCCUUACAAUUCACUCAACUGAAGGACACACACACACACACAAAAACACACAAACCCAUUCUCUUCAAAGGAGCAGCAGAAAACUAGCGAAGGCUCAUUCAGUUCAACAGAUCUGUUGAGGACGGGCUAAUGCUAAUCAAGUGCUAAGUGUCGCUAACAGGGGAAAAAUGGCUCACAAAAAUGAUAGCUUAACCAAACAGUGAUAACCCGGCAUCAAAGAAUCAAUGUUAGUGGUGGUUAGUAAGAGUGGAAUAUCCAGAUGGGUUUAAUUUACAAUUAGGGCAGUUGUGUAAUUCAGUGUCCAGUUGUUCUCCGUUAAUCACAGCCAGCUAGAUAGCUAUACACCAGAUUACUUUGAAGAAUUACAGUUAGAUUAAUUGCCUUUUGGUUUUGGGAUGGCUAAAUAUCUCCAGCUAGCUGGCUAGCUAACCCUCAUACUUGUAGUGUCUUGUGUCUAAAAUUUCGAUUUUUAUAUUUCAGCAAAUCAGUUUGUUAAUCUCGAUUAUCUUUCACUCAAAUUGCAUGCAUUAGCAUACUGAUUAACAUAAUACUGCAUACGUUACGUAAUAAUAUAAUGGCCAAACAGCAUACUGUAUGAAAAUUAUCUGUAUGAUGGCUGUAUAUGUUGGAAUACACUCGCCAGUCGUGAGCGACUGUGAGCUCGUAUACAAAAGACGGCAGAUAGCGCUUUCCUCUGAGUGUGUCACAAUGCCCUGUGCAGCACGAGUUCAAAAAGCUGCAGCGGCUGGUUUCAUGUCUCAGAGGAAGCAUGUGUUUGUCCUCACCCUCCCUGGUUGGUAGCUGUCAUGUGACAGGAAAGAGGUGGCUGGUGGGAGGAAAUGGUAGAUAACCAAACUGAAAAUGAGGAAAAAUCCCCCUAAAAAAUCUGAUGAUCUUAGUGUUAGUUUGUGUUUGUAUGCUAGCUAGCUGAAAAUAUUUCACUCAUUCAGUUUAUUGCUUUAUGUUUUGUACUUAAUCUGAGCCUUGGUUUGGUUUCUCUAAAACAUUUCUUCCGAUGCUCUUCUUUAAGUCUGAAAAAGACUUGCACAUUAGCGCGUACAAGUAAUUAGCCUGAUAGCUAAUAUAUUCAUGGUAUGAUUACUGUAAAACUCAAUAUCGCAGUUUUGGGCAUAUGCCAGUAUAAAUUAUCAAUAUUCUGGAUCACAUCCGAUGAUUAUUGCAUUACUUGUUAAUGGGCUUGUUCGCUAGCUAGCUUUGUUUUGGGAUAGCUAAACAUCUACAGCUAGCUGGCUAGCUAAUGCGCUAAUAGGAUAUCAGUUAUCACUUACUUAUUUUGUGUUCCACAAUAAAUCUCAAUUUUAUUUGUUUAGCCUAAAAGCUGUUCCUGAUUUUCUUCUUCACAUCAUUAGACAAACCUGAACGCGUUGUCGCUUAAUUAGCUUUGUAGUUAAUCAAUUCAAUCCAUGAUAGCCAUACAAGCCAAAAUUGUUGUUCUUUGUAUAUCAUUGUAUAAGUUGAUGGAUCUCAUCCAAGAAUGAGGAGAAUGUGAGUGUUAAUCGUUUCGUUUGGCAAAUGUUAAUCAUUUACAGCUAGCUAGGAACACUGUAGUGGCUCGCUAGCAGCUCUUCAGUCAAAUGUCCUGCAACUAAGCUAAUGCUGCUAAAUAUUACACCAAUGUCAGGAAAGCGUGAGUUCAAGUUUCUAGCAACAUUUGGCAACUGGAAAUAUUUAUAUGAUUCUUGUGAAUAUUAUAUUACAUCAAUAUAUAAUAAGAUUUCACAGCACAGCCUCUCAGCCUGAGUUAGCCAGUCAGCACACUAAUAUUAGCAGCUUAGCUUGCGUUCCUUGUUGCUGGGUUAAUAAUGUUUGGUUAAAGGAAAUAUUGCUACCACCAGGUACUGUUUAUAUUUAAUCAGUUUUCUAAACUUGAAAGAAAAAAAAUCCACAAACAUGAUGCAAGUCCAGAAUGGUGAUUUCUGAUUGGCUGAGAGCACUAGGACUCAGUAUCAGGCAUUCGGCGUAAGGAGAUGACAGUUUUACCUUUGGCAUGAAGUAAAUACAGAGAGAAUUUGUCACACAGGUAGACUCUAGAUCUCGGUCAAUAUUCAGUUCUCAAACAAAAGGGAUUCAACCGAAUGGAUAGCAGAUAAAAUAUACAGUAAUUGGUGAAGUGCAGUGGCUGAACUGGAGUUAAAUUCAAUCGAUAGUAAAAGAUGAUUUACAGGUUUGAAGCUUGGUGUUUGCUGAAAAACGUAGCUCAUACCCCAAACUGUCCAAUCAGCACCCAACAACUGUGGUGUAUUUCAGCUUUUUUUCACUUUUUCUUUUUUCUUUCCCCCCCUAUUGCAGACCUGCCAACCUUCAUUCAUUUUGCAUAGGAGUGACCCGUUGUAACUUCGGAGUAUGUGAGUCGUCAUUCACUUGUACGCCAGUAAAAAUGGCAGAUGAGCUUAACAUAUGAAUCCGAAAUGACUGACAGUUACAGGGGUGUUUUAAAUUCAAAUAUUAAUUGACUUUCUGGAAGCCCCGCCCCCUUUUCCCAUCUCACUUUAGUAAACUUUUGGUUCAUCUUCACAUCAGCAGUUCUCCUGCUGAUGCGGCUCCCUCACUUUGGAGAACGUUUUGCAUUCAUGAAUGGGAAAUAAAAUCUAUCAUGGUAUACUCUAUUUCCAACAUUACACGACUAUAUUUAUGAGGGAUGUCGCCGAAAAGUUUUCAGCCAAAAGAAUUUUUUUUAAAAAAGGCCUAAAAUUUAAUAUUUUUUUUGGGGGGGGGGUUAAAUGGAUUUCUCAUCCUUGAAGACUUAACACAUGAUCGUAAUUCAGUUCCAGUCAUUUUAUUUGUAUAGCACUUUUAACAGUAGAUAUUGUCACAAAGCAGCGUCAAUUCCAGAUAUACAUUUUAAAUGUAUAAAUUUAUCCCUAAUGAGCAAGCCAGAGGCGAUGAUGGGGAGGAAAACCUCCCUGAGAUGACAUUAGGGAGAACCCUUGAUCAGAACCAGACUCCACCUACUGUAACACAUAUUUAAUAGUAAUAAUAAUUCAAAAGUGAUUAUAAACACUGUGUUCAAACGGCAUGGUUAAGCCUGCCACUGUAAACAGAUUGCCAGGGUUUUACAGUAACUACCAGGCACUUGGGGGAAGGAAAGUUUAUAUGCACGCUUUCUGAUUUAAUGGGUUACUUGCACGAACACACUUCCGCGUUAUAGCUCAAACAGCACUUCUGCUUCCGGCUCGUCCGUUAUAAUGGCAAUGCCACCAUUUUACACCUAUGACGUCCAUCAUAUAUGUAAGAACACUUACGGAGCUCCUGUUAGUAAGCUAGAGAAAGGUGUCAGACUGCUUCUUCAUACUUUAACUAUGAAGAUAAUAAAAUACCUAUUAAUAGAAAUCAACACAAACUGUUAGUGCAAUAUUGACUUUCUUGAAAGAUUAAAAAAAAAAAGUUGGAUGAUGUUGUCUUGUUUGUUGUACUGCCAAAUGUAAACAGUCCUUCCAGAGACACAAGAUUCAUGCUGUUUCAAAAGGGAAAUAUGUCAUAGCCUUGAGUGCAAGUAGCCUAUUCCUGUUUGUAAUUUGUUCCUUCCUUUUCCUACAGUAGGAAGAAAGAAAGAACAUGUGUAAAUUUUUCUAUUGUCCAUAUCUUAACUAUAACAUACGGCAGCUCCCCAACACACACACGCGCGCACACACACACACCUGCACCUGGUGUUUACCGAAAAACCCGUUAUGUACUCACACUCCAGUUUCUACUUUAAACAAGUGAUUUGUAAAAAGAUGGUAUUGAAAAUGUGUUGAGUUUUUACCCUGCAGGGUUUAUGCAUUAUUCCUCUUUGGGGUUGGCAGGACUGCAAUUGAUUGAUUAGUGAGAUUAAGCUACAUUCAGUUCAGAUGUAUUAUAAGAGUGAUCGAAUAGAUCCAAGACAUGAAGACAAAUUGAAUUCAAGGCACCACUUUGGGAUUAUGAGCCAUUCAAAAUCUGAUCAAGAUCAGAUUUUUUUGCCCUGUUUGUCAACAUCACAAAAACUGUCUGUUUUUAUUUACACAAGUCCAGAGAGGUUAUGCAGUAUUAUUACUUUUCUUUCCAGAUCAAAUAAUAAGGUUUGUUAAUGCAAACUGAUUUAAAAAAAAAACCAAAAAAAAAACAUGUAAAGCUAACAGCUAGCUGUGUUACUAAUCGCAUUUGAGACCUUUAAUCAUUUUUUAAUAAUUUGUAAUGAUCAUAAUUUUUUUUAAAUAUGAACAUUUGUAUGAAGUUAUUUUAUUACUUGUGAAAUGUACUGUAAAAACAUUUUUAUGAAUUGAAAAUUCAUUAUCAUAUUAGAAACCUCUCUAAUUGCAAUUUCACCAUUACAUGUCUAUUUACGUUUUAUGCUUUUAUUACAUUCAGAUUACAAUUACAAGGCACACUUGAUCCACUUGCACAAUACAUAGACAACCGAAAGUCUCUAGCUGAAGUUUUUGACAAAGAGAGCACCAGGGAGCUAAUGCGGCCAAAGCCAAAAUAUUCUGUGACCUCUAUAAGUAAAACAUGCACAAAAAGUACACAUUCACAAACUGACGAUAGAGUUGUGAUUCAUAAACUAACAUCAUUACUUUAAACAUGAAAUAAACUUGAGGUUUUGUUGAUUUGACUUGUUACUUUAAGAUAAUGAUUAACAAAAGGACUAAUGCAUAGCCUCCCUGGACUUCUGUAAUUCUGUCGGUCUUUUGUUUUUCAACAAGACUUUUGACAGUUUAAAUACCGUUAAAACUGUAGUCACAGGUCCAGCAUUGUCAGGAAGAACUUCAUGGUCCUAAUGAGUGACAGGCGUCACGGAGUCAUCAGGGGCGGAGCUUAAGUGAAAUCUGAUCAGCCAGUUGCAGACUCGGUCUAAUCACCACUUGCCUUUUUUUUUUUUAAUUCCUUUUCAACUCAGCAAAGCGUUAGCAUCAACUACUGGUCUUAUUUUACAAUAUAGUACAGUAGCCUAAUAGCUUAACAUUAGCUAUGAAACAGCAGUGCUUAUUUUGCUCGGAUUAGCACAGUCCUGCAUUUAUGUAGCUGGUUAGUUUACCAGAUGCUGGAGAACUGUUAUGUUUUGUAAUAAAAAAGAAAAAGUUUAUGACUGGCUGAUCAAACGUAACUUAUGCUAUGCCUCUGUUGUCGUAGAGAUACCUGACACUGCAAAACCAGGAUUUGAGCCCGUUUCUUUUCUUCUCAUUUACAUGUUUGCUCCUCAAUCAUCUGUCCUUUUCAUGGAGGGAGAGAGCAUGUGAUUUUUAAGUUUUGGUUGUUGUUGUUUUGUUUUUUUUUCCUUUUAUCUUUAUUUGAAUGAGUUAACUGAUUAAAAUGCUUCAUGAACUGUUAUACUGUCUUUGCAGCUAACUGUGAUUUUGCAAACCGCUUUUCUUUUUUUUUCCUUGGAAAAAUAUUUUUAAUUAUCCCCCACAAUAGUCAGUAGUGCUAAUAAAUUCCUUUUUUGUGAGUUUCACUCUCUCUCAUUGGUUCUUCUCUGAUUCUAGUUCACGUUCUGCUGCUUUGCUUUUCUGCCUUCCAUGUCUGUUCUGUUUCACAGCACAUAUUGAAGGAGAAAUUUUUUUAAACAAUAUAAAACAGUCGAUGUGUUACUCUCACGGGCGCUGAUCAUGCCGUUUUUUCUAGUGUUUAAUCCCUUGUUUAUGUUCAUCAUCAGCUCUGUUGAUGUGGCAAACACUUACCUGAUGACGCACAACCUGCCUCAGCAGCAACAUGGCUUCAUAUUGUGAUCCCAAAUUUUAUACAUGGUAUUAUACUUGAUAUGUACCUAUUAAAUAUUUUGAUUUCAGAAAUAA